UUGGCGCGAGACACCACCGAGACGUGGCGGCGCGCGAGAGGCGCGCGAGAAGUUGAGCCCCUUCAUCCCCCCCGCCACCAACCCCACCAUCAUCAUCAUCACCAUCAUCACCAUCACCACCGUCUCGCGCUCCCUUAUGUGACGGACGAGAGAUGUCGAGGACCGUGUGAGUGAGUGAGUGCACGCGCGCGCGUGUGAGUGAGUGUGUGCGUGUGUGUGUGUGUGUGUGUGUCGACAUGCCUGAGGAUGUGUCCCUGGUCAGGAACCGGACGGAGGCGGCCCCGGGCGCGCGCCCCGCGUGGGUGGUCACGGUGCUCGCGGCCGUGCUGAUCUUCACCAGUGUGGUGGAUGUUCUGGGGAACGCUCUGGUCAUCAUCUCAGUCCUGAGAAACAGAAAGCUCAGGAACGCAGGUAACGUGUUCGUGGUGAGCCUGGCGUUCGCGGACCUGCUGGUGGUGUGUUAUCCGUACCCCCUGGUCCUCCAUGCGAUGCUGCAUGCGGGCUGGUUGCCGGGGGAGACCGAGUGUAAAGUUAGUGGCUUCCUGAUGGGAGCGAGUGUGAUUGGCUCCAUCUUCAACAUCACCGCCAUCGCCAUCAACCGCUACUGCUUCAUCUGCCAGGCAAGCAGGUAUGAGAAGGUUUACGGACGCGCCGGGACGUCAGUGCUGCUGAUCCUCGUCUGGGUUCUGACGGCCAUCGCCAUCCUGCCCAACCUGGCUCUAGGUUCCCUGACCUACGACCCCCGGGUCUACUCCUGCACCUUCAGCCAGACCACCAGCGCCGGAUACACCUUCGCUGUGGUGACCGUCCACUUCCUGCUGCCCAUCGCUGUGGUCACCUUCUGCUACCUGAGGAUCUGGGUUCUGGUGCUGCAGGUGAGGAGGCGGGUCACAAGUGAUGUUAGGCCACGCCUCCGGCCAAGCGAGCUGCGUCAUUUCCUCACCAUGUUCGUGGUCUUCGUGCUUUUUGCCGUGUGUUGGGCGCCACUGAAUCUGAUUGGCCUGGCCGUGGCUGUGGAUCCUCCGAGGGUGGGGCCCAUGGUGCCUGAAUGGCUCUUCGUAGUAAGCUACUUCAUGGCGUACUUCAACUCGUGCCUGAACGCCGUAGUCUACGGACUGCUCAACCAGAACUUUCGCAGGGAGUACCGCAGGAUCCUGCUUUCUCUCUGCAAGCCCCGCCUCUUCCUGCAGGAAACCUCAAGGGGUGGCACAGAGCGCAGCAACAAGCAGUCACCUGGAAACAACAAUAACGACCAGCCCAAAGCGGAGACGAUUUAACCUGAGUGCUGGACUACAAACAGCGACCACAGCUUUGUUCUGUGGUUAAAGUAUAAGGAAUGAUGGCAGGGUUGAUGCCUAAAAAAUCAGAGAAACCUCAGAAAAGCUUAUGAAGGCAUCUUCAAUUCCCUGGCAUGUUCCAGGUCUAUCAUUCAGGGCCUUUCCCUCUUUACGAUGGUCUAGAGGGAUAGCUCUAAACAUUCUUAAAAAUAAAGGUCCUUAAAGUGGUUCUUUGGAGUUGUGUCAUAAAAGUACCAGUUUUGCUUACUUAACAAACCUUUCAAGAAUGAUUUUUUUAUAAAUUUAAUGUCUGGAGAACCUUUUGUAGAAGUUUAAAGAACCUCCUUGACAUGUAGAAGAAGGUUCAAUAACAGAUAAAGGUUUUUCAUACGCAAAGCAAAGAAUCACUUUAGAACUAGAAAUAAAAAAGGAGCCUUUAUUUCUAAGAGUGUAGGUGGCUAAGAGAGGCUAAAGGUGCAUCCAGCUACUUCAUGGCGUACUUGUGCCGAAUGUUAUGGUUCAUAGGCUGCUAAGAAGAACCUCCCUCUGCAAGCCUCACGUCGUCUUCCUGCAGGAAACGUCCAGGAGCACAACAAGCAGUCAUUCACGUAUAACAACUAGGAGCUUCCCAAUGUGGAAACAAUGCAACGUGUCUACAGCCAGAGGUCCGUUUGUGAGUGAACAAAGUGCACAACACAGGCAAGCAGUGUAUCUUCAGUCUUCAAUCAGCAAUCUGCAAAUAAUGAUAGUCUAAGGUGGGUACAGAAGCCUCAGACCACAAUCAAUAACACUGAGUAUUGUGAAGCCAAUGAAAUAACAACUUAAGUAGUGACCACCAAUCUUCUGAAACCUUCUUAAAACAACAAACCAGUCACAGACAAAGCUUCUCAAUUACAAAUUAAAACCUCACUGUAAUUAGAUGCGGGUAGGAGAACCCUUGCAAAGAUCAUGCCUUCAAACUGCAGUUGAGAUUUGAGGAAUUAUAGUAUAACCAGAGGUGGGUAAAGCCUAGAAGCCAAGAAUAUUAUAAAAAUAAAUAGUUACCAAAGGAAAAAAACUCAAUUAAACAUUGUUUUAGAUUUAAACAUUUAAAUAAUCAGGUUCUUUACAAGAGUGGUUCACAAUCAAGUCACUGGGAUCUCUGGGAUCUCACAGAUGGUCCACAUCCCAACCCUUAUGGUGUUUUUACACCUGAAAGUCUGGACCAGGUCCAAAUCAAGGUACAAGUUUGCUUCAUCGUUUACAUUUGGUACCAGUUCUUUUUUCUCUGAGAAGUUAAAAGCUGCUACGAUUUCCUUUAAUUGGUCUAAAACCAUUGUUCAUUAGAUCCAGGCCAAGACCUGCUCUUUUGUUUGGCUAAACUUUGGUCCUUUAGUCCAGAUCUGCUCUUUUUUGGCUUGUUCCAAUCUAAAAAGUCUGAAAGUUUGGACCAAUCAAGGCAGGUCUGAAUGUACACUUAAUGUGUAAACAUGGAGCAAAACUCUGGACCACCUGGUAAGGCUUAAGUAAACUUAAAAAAGGUAUUUAAAAAUCAACAUCAUGUAAAGAUUCAGAGGAAAUUCCAAUUUUUUAAUCUUACAGAACUAACAGUUGAACCAAUCAAAUGUAUGGUUCAAAACAUGUACCUCAGUACCUGGUAUCAGAAGGAAUCAUAAGGUAUUAGAAUUUUACUAAGUGAGUAAAUAUAUAGGUAAUUAUUGCCCACCUCUGGUGAUAGGACAGUGGGACAGUUUUGAUGAGAUCAUAAAAAUAUUGGUGAAAGUAUCAAAUAUCAAACUCUUUAUAUCUGAUUAACUCUAUUUAAAGUUCAUACAGUUUUGCGACAGCUGUCCAAGUCAAAAAGUCUGAGAGAGUGUGAAUGAGUGUGAGAGAAAUCACAUGGGUUAUACUUUAUGUCGAUGGCCCACCAUUGAUUCCCAACUUGAGUCUUCCACCAAUUAUUCAUUAACUAUCUUGACUGACUAAUUCCUAAUUAGUUCAUAUUGGACAUAUUAUGCUAACAUCUGACUUACCAAAAGAACUUUGUUAAUGCGACCAAUAGCAACUUAACAAGAAACUCAGCUACUUCAUGUAAUGUAGAUGGUUUGUUUUAUCCAAAUAAUAUCUCAGUGUAGCCCUACAUUCUUAUAGUAUAUUUUCCUUCUGUUUAUGUUUCAACCGUUUAAGAAGGUUUUAAGGCCCAAUUCCAAUUCUUUUUUAUUACCCCUACCCCUUGUUUUCGAGUGUAUCCCUUCCCCUUGGAACAGAGUUACAAGAGAUAGGGGUGAAGUUCUCCCCCCAGUUUUAAUAUGCUUACUUCCACAUUCUAAGUCCUAUUGCUAAUCCAAUGUUCCAUUUAGAACUCUAAAACAGUAGGCAGCCCCUAAUCUCUCGUGCAACAUUUCUGUAGCAACCAUUAAAACUCAGAAUUUAAAUACCACGAAUGCUCCUGUUAAUAUUUCAGAAUUGGUCCAAUUUUGUUUUAUGGUUCUUUUGGUCUCGUACAGCAAUUAGAAAGCUAAGAAGGCUUUGUGGUGGAACAGAGGAACAGUAGCACUGUGGUGUGUUGGUGCUUGUUCUCAAACAGCUCUGAUCUUUCAGUGCUGCAGCCGAAACGUCCAUCAAAGACAGUGAAUCAGAUUUACAAGUUUUGUUUGUUCUUUGGUUUCUUCGUAUCCCAAUAGUCACAGUAUUCUCCAUGUUUCCUGUUGAGGAACGAGCUGUUCUGGAAGGGAUUUACAGAACAAACAUGCUUGGACAUCAUUGAGCUUUCAUUCACUGGUCACUUUAAUAGAAAUACUCAUUUUGCCACUUUGUUAGAAACCCAGUGACCACUGAUUAUGGGAUCAUAAACCCAUUGGCUAACACCUGCCAAUAAAAGAUUACACUCAGAUUACACUCAGCCACAUGUUAUAGCCUUUGGUAAUGGACAUCUACAAUUUUUAACUUGAAACAGGAUUAAAACAGGAUUUAACAGAUAAAAAACAGCAUUUAAAUGGUAAUGCUGUAUUAUUUAUUAGUUUUAAAGCAAACCUACAGCCUUUUCAGCAACACCCUAUCAACCACCUGCUUGAAAAUUUCAAAUCUGUAGCAACCACAUAACAACAACUUAGCAACCCCCUUCUAUAUCUUAUCAUCCACAUAGCAACCAUCACAAUACCUCCACAACCACCGGAAACACCACAGAACCCCUUCCCCAUCGGCAAACCCUGAGCAACCACAUAACAACAACUUAGCAACCACCUUCUAUAUCUUAUCAUCCACAUAGCAACCAUUAUAAUACCUUCACAACCACCAGAAACACCACAGAACCCCUUCCCUAUCAGCAAACCCUGAGCAACCACAUAGCAUCAACUUAGCAACCCCCUUCUAUAUCUUAUCAUCCACAUAGCAACCAUUAUAAUAACUUCACAACCACCGGAAACACCACAGAACCCCUUCCCUAUCAGCAAACCCUGAGCAACCACAUAACAACUUAGCAACCCCCUUCUAUAUCUUAUCAUCCACAUAUUAAAAUCCUAAUCAUAGUAAAUCAGAAAUAUUUCACAAAGAAACCAGAUUUACAAAACCCAAAUAGCACAUAGACAAUAAACACCUUAGCAACCACCUUCUAUACCAUACUGUAGGUUAUACAGUAACCUCCUGUAAAAUCCUACAGUAAAAUCCUGUUCAUAAUAAGGCAAUUAUAAUUCACUCAAAAACAGCUUCACAGUAAGUUACAACCUCCUCUAACACCAUACAACCCCCUAUUAGCAAACUCUGAGCAAAAAGAUAACACCUUAGUAACCACUUUCUAUAUCAUCAUCCACUGUUCACAUCGCAAACUCUUAAUCAUAAUGAGUUAGAAAUAAAUCACAUAGAAACUCUAGGAAGACCCUCACAUCACAACACCCCUCCCCACCUCAAUUAUCAAGCCCUGAACAAACACAAAUAUUCAGCCAAACCUUUGGUUAUGGACUUCAUCUACCUUUUUAACUUAAAACAGGACUUAAUAUGUGAUUGCAAAACAGAACCCAACAACUGCUUAGCAAAACUCUAGCAACUACCAACUUGGAUACCAAAGAAAUCACCCUUAUAAUACACUCACAACUUCCAGGAACAUCAUAAACACCCUAUUCUCUACUAAACCGGUUGCACACCACACAAAACAGCACUUAGCCACCACUCAGAUAGCAUGCAGUUGGUCUAGGCUCUGCUGAUGUAUUCAAUUGUCUAAAUGUGCUAUAUACUCAGCAAUCAGGGUUUCGACAAAAGUGGUGCGGGCCGAUUGCUAUAUUAUACUCGGCAUCCGGGGUGUCAAAAAAUAGUGUGGGCCGAUUGCUGUAUUAUACUUGGCAUCCGGGGUAUUGACAAAAAUGUUGAGGGCUGAUUGCGGUAUUAUACUCUGCAACCAGAGUGUUGGCAAAAGUGGUGAGGGCCGAUUUUUGUAUUAUACUGUGCAACCGGGGUGUUGGCAAAAGUGGUGAGGGUAGAUUGCUGUAAUAUACUCUGCAUCCAGAGUGUUGGCACAUGCAGCUCUUGGCCUAGAUGUGAGCCGAGCUUUUGGGCAAGAAUCGGACCGGUUCCUCGUCUCAUCUAGAACUGGGCUGAUGCAACUUAGGUCAGAAUGAUAUUUUUGCUAUUUGGGCACUGUGUUUCUCCUAGCAACCACAUAGCAAAAUCAUUUUCCCUAAUCAUUUUACAGCAUGGUUUGAGUAUCAUCUCAAUAACCUGUCAUUGUCAAGGCUUUAAAAAGUUCAGCACCGGUCUGCUAUUCUCUCAGCUCUGACUGCAGAGCCUCCACCGUCUCAGCAAUCUUUAAAUUAUCCCCCCCCCCCCCAACCAACUCCAAUAACCUUAUACUACCACAGCAGCACCCGCCACACUUAAGCCCUCCGCUGCGCUUCACUACCAGCUAAUGAGGAACUCAAAGGAAAAAGGCCGUAGCGCCGGGGAUCCCUUACCAAAUGUUACCUUAGCAUUCCCCCAACGCUACGGCUGUAUUAGCGCUUUAAGCCCCCCCUAUCGCCCAGAAAAGUCAAGCCGUUAAAAGGUGCACUCAGCAUUAACACUGCAGAAAAGUAACACUGCUGAAGAGUUCUCGCAAUGUUCUGCUCACUGGCCACUUUAUUAAAAACACCUAGCAUGUUGUGUUUUAACUCACUGGCUACUUUAUUAGAAACUAAAACUUUGUAUUUAUACCAACAGGCCACUUAAAACACACUGGAAACAGUUACUAUCUUGUGCUGCCGCUCACUGGCCACUUUAUUAGAAACUCGUACCAUUGAACCUCUACUUUUUGGCCACUUCAUUGGAAACACCUACUAUCUUGUGUUUUUACUCACUGGCCACUUUAUUAGAAACUCCUACCAUUAAACUUAUACCCACUGGCCACUUUAUUAGAAACUCCUACUAUUAACCUUCUACUUUCUAGCCACUUCAUUGGAAACACCUACAAUCUUGUGCUUUUACUCACUGGCCACUUUUUAGGAAACACUGGGCCCUAUUUUAGGCGAGCCCCACACUAUGCAGAGUGAUUUAGGGCAUGUCAAUGUGUCUUUGCUAUCGUAACGUUGGGAAAGGUACACCUUGCGCCGCUCGAAAUGUGCAAAAGGCAUGUACUAAUUCCAGGGGUGCAACUACAUACUUUUUGAGGUGUAUGCAAACAG